UUCACCUUUCUUUCCUUUCUCUCUCUAAUUUACCUGAGAGAUCCAUGAGAGAGAGAAUAGGGUGGCGCAUGCACAAUCUCUCUCUCUCUCUCUUCUCUCACACUAUAUAUAUACACCUAUACAUUUAAGUACAACAACAACACUAUCACAACAAGUCACACAUAGAAUAGACACAUAGGGGACCAACCCACCACGCCAAUCUCUCACACGUUCUGAACCUAUAUACAUAUAUAUACAUACAUAGAUAGAUACACCCACCCACCUAAACUGCCCAAAUCUCAAUGACCCUUCAGGAGUGACACUCAAAAGAAACCAAAGGAAGUGGGAGUGGAAAAUCUAGUGAUUUGAAUUUGAAUCGAGAAUGUUGACUUGCAUAGCUUGUUCAAAGCAAGUCAAUAAUGGAUCUCUUCAUCAACAAGAUGAGGAAGAAGCUGUGCAAACACCUAGCACCAAACAAGCUGCCAUCAAGGCUCUCACAGCUCAGAUCAAGGAUAUGGCAGUUAAGGCUUCUGGGGCCUAUAAGAAUUGCAAGCCUUGUUCAGGAUCUACCAAUGGGAACAAGAACAAAAAGUAUGCUGAUUCUGAUAUGGGGUCAGAUUCAGCAAGGUUCAACUGGGCUUACCGAAGGCCCGGGAGCGCGAAUUCAACACCAAGAAUGUGGGGGAAGGAAAUGGAAGCUAGACUCAAAGGGAUUUCCAGUGGAGAAGCAACACCAACUUCGGUGAGCGGACGUACCGAGUCGGUUGCGUUUAUGGAAGAAGAGGAUGAACCUAAGGAAUGGGUUGCACAAGUUGAACCAGGUGUGCUUAUUACUUUUGUGUCAUUGGCUCAAGGUGGGAAUGAUCUGAAGAAGAUACGUUUCAGCCGUGAAAUGUUUAAUAAAUGGCAAGCUCAGAGGUGGUGGGGAGAGAACUAUGACAAAGUUAUGGAGUUGUACAAUGUUCAAAGGUUCAAUCAACAAGCAGUUCCUCUUCCAACCCCACCUAUUUCUGAAGAUGAGAGUUCAAAGAUUGAAUCUGCAAGAGAUAGCCCAGUCACGCCUCCUCUAAGCAAAGAGCGUCUGCCCCGUCAUUUACAUCACCCAACAGGAAUGGGCUACUCCUCGUCAGAUUCACUGGAACAUCACCACAUGCAUCCACAGCCUUGCUAUGAGUCAAGCGGCCUGGCAUCAAAACCUAAUCUUUCCGAUAUUGGUGUGCCAAAGACCGAAAGAUCAUCCGUCGAUGCUUCUGUAAGGACGAGUUCAUCAGAAGAGGAAGAUGAUCACUCAGGUGAGCUCUCAAUCAGCAAUGCCAGUGAUAUGGAAACUGAAUGGGUUGAACAGGAUGAACCAGGAGUAUACAUCACUAUCAGAGCACUACCAGGCGGAACCAGAGAACUCAGGCGCGUCCGCUUCAGCCGAGAGAAGUUCGGAGAAACGCGUGCUAGGUUAUGGUGGGAAGAGAACCGUGCGAGGAUACAAGAGCAAUACUUGUGACUAUAGUAAUGAGCCUUUAUACAGAUAACUGUUUCAGCAGGCUAACAAGAGAGGACAAUGUGAAUUCUAGAUUCAGUUUCUAUCUUUCUAGUGGAUAGUUUCAAGUGACUGCAAAAGCUUCCACUUUGGAGUUCAGUGUAGCUGUGGAGAAAUUCAGAUGUUGGGAAAUAUUAAACUAUGAUAGUGCAAUAUUAGUUAUAGUUAAACAUGUUAAUGUCAAUGUCUUGUAGUAAUUGUUGUCAAAUAUUUUCUCUGUUGUAAUGAAUUUUGAACUAUUCCAUGUCAUAACAGGUUUGGUUCUGUCACAAUGUUUACUCUGAAAACUAGUGCAUCAGAUUGAGAAAUCUGCACAAAAAUGAUCUCUGAUUGUUGAAAAUAACUAAAAAAAUGUGUUGUGAUGAGUUAAAGGCAAUAACCUAACUUAGGUUAGAAAGUAUAGUUGAUUUA